GGUUGGCCAGAGAGAGGCCAAACAAGUCCAACAUGAUCGACAUACUGAAUAAUUUCAUGGGCCAGUGGACCCUCCAAGAUCUGGAUGCGUUGAAGAUCGCGUACCAUGGAGACUUCCGCGAGAGGGACAUGUUUAACUACAUGUGGCGCAUGCCGGCGGCCCACGAGUACCUCUCGCCGCCCUUGGUCGCGCCCGUGAAAUCCGAGGUCGAGGCCGACAGACUCCGCAACGAGGGAAACGCAAACUUCAUAAAGAAAAGGCUCGAAUACUCCAUGCAACUCUUCAAUCAAAGUAUUUGCGCGGCACCUCAUCCGCCUUUGCGCAAGGAGGAUGGAUUUUGCGAAGCCGCCAAGGAGGGAGAAAUACCCGGGAGUCAUGACCAUUCUUUGACUGGGGAGGAGGAAACUCCAGAACAAUUAGGAACUACUGUCCUACCAGCGACAGACGAAAGCGAUGCCGACAAAUCCCCACUGGCUGAGGAGAAAGGAAUUCGAGAGCAGCAAGACGUCCAGCCCAAGGAAGGGGCAUCCGAUAGCACAGGUAAUCCAAAAAGCCAACCAACAGAGCCAUACCUGGCUCUAGCACGUGGCUAUGGAAACAGAUCCGCCGUUCUCUUUCACAUAGAGCGCUACCAUGAGAGUGUGAGGGACAUAGAGAGGGCCCUCAGGUACAGCCAAGAAGAAGCCUUCAAGAAAAAGCUAUUGGCGAGGAAAGCUCAGUGUCUGGAAGCCAUCCAAGAGGGGGCAAUAAGGGAGUCCGUCAAGAAACCUUUCAUACCUCCGAAGAUGGAGAGCCAUAACCCCGCCCACCCCUCUCUGAGCAGAUGCGUUCGGGUCGAGAAUUCGUCCGCCAAGGGACGCCAUCUUGUGGCUGAGCGCGACAUUCGUCCUGGCGAGCUCCUGAUGGUGGAAGAGGGGCACUGGGACGCCCUCUCGCCUGAGUACUGGCCCACCCACUGCGCCCUCUGCUUCCUCUUCUGCCUCACCCCCGUCCCCUGCCCCUCCUGCCGGCUGGUGAUUUUCUGCGACGAGGCCUGCCGCGCCCGCGCCCUGGCCGAGUUCCACGCCCGCGAGUGCCCUGUGCUGCCCGGCCUCGUGGCGCUGGACCUGGAACCGCCCGCCCUUCUAGCGACUAGGAUCGUGCUGAAGGCGUCCUACGUCACGCUGAAGGAGGUCAUGCCGCGGCUGUUAAGGGAAAUGGACGAAGGAAAGCGAGGAGGAGGAGGAGGAGGCGAACAAGAAGUGUUCGAUUCCUCAGACUUCCGGAACCUCAUCCUGUGCGACUCGAGGAAGUUGAAGUCGAAGCCAGAGCACUACCUAGGCUACUGCACGUCAUCGUUGAUGUUGACCAAGAUCCUGGAGGAGAGCGGAAAGUUCUUCGUGAACCGAGACGACCAGGCCCUCCAGCCUUCCCAGGACGACCUGCGGAUGACCGGCACGACCAUCUUCCUCGUCACGAUGACUGUUUUCGCGCUCUCGAACUCCAUCCUCUACACGGAAAAGCUCCACGGCGGCGCGAUGCUCGGAGAGCGCUUCUCGAGCGGCGUCUGGCCCACCGUGUGCCUCGCCCAGAAGUCCUGCUGCCCGUCUGUCACCAUGUACAUGUGCGGCCCGGCUAUGGUCAUGCGCUCGCUUGCGCCCAUCCCCGCUGGCCAGAGCAUAACCACUCUGGGCACGUUUCACUUCUCGAAGAUUCCUCCGACGAAGAGGAGGGAGGCGAACGCAGAAGCAGGCAUCCAGUGCAGCUGCAGGGCUUGCCUGGAGGACUGGCCGAUCUACCAGGAGCUCCCGACCGAGACCCGACUCAAGUGCCCCAAGUGCGCCCACCCCCUGACUCGCAGCGCCGAGGGUCGGGUCCAGUGCCUCCACCACGUGGUCAGCCCCGCGGCCAGAGGCACUGGGGCUCAGGGCUCCUGCUGGGCGGCGGCGAAGAGGAUCCUCUGCUGGGGCCAGGAGGCCGAAGUGGGCGAAGACAUGGAGGAAAUGAAAGACUUGUACGCCACGGUAGAUAAGUUUCAGCAGAGGAGGAGCUUCUUGAGGAUCGGCGAAGAGACAGAAGAGGAGAGACAGCUCAUAGUCGAGGUCGCGGAGAUCCUGGACAAGCAUGGAGUCCUGCCGUGCAAGCUGCACUAUGACAUCCAGGACAUUUUAACUGCGUGUUUUUCAAUUCAGGAUCGCAGUAUCACUACUUAGCUGUCGCUGCUUACCUGUAGGUUAGGACAGAUAUUAAUCCUAGUGUACGAUAUAGCCUUAUCGCCACUGCUGCAGUAUAUGCGGUAUACGGCACUAGUGCAGUAUAUCGCGUACCCUGCAGAAGUUGUGAUAAGGCAUACUUUGGUAUAACGGGACGUGGCUUCAAUACCAGGAUCAACGAACAUCGAGCUGACGUCCGUCACCACAGGACUUCCUACGACAUGGUGGUUCAUGUAGAUGAAGCUGGACAUCUACCGAACUGGGAGGAAGCUGAAGUAAUCCAUUCUCUCCAAUGCAUGUAUUUCUAACGAUACCGGUCAAAUACAUCUCUUGUAUUGUGAAA